AUGCGUGCGCCAGUAGACGCCAAAAUAUGGCUGACAACGAAUCUCCAAGAGUCACUAGACAGGGAACUCGAUCUGCAGAAGACAGAGUCUCAGAAACAAAACACAAAAAGUCUGCCCCCAGACUCUAUCAUCGGAAGUCAAGAAAGGGCUGCCAGCGAUGUAGAGCCCGGAGAGUCAAGUGACGACUCGGCUCUCGCAGAGUCCAGAGAUAGGCGUCUCCUCGAGCUCAAAUUGAUGCAUCAAUAUAGCACCAGCACUUUCGACUCACUCCUCGUGUCAACCAGUGCCGACGCAACCGAGAUAUUUCAGUCACUUAUUCCAGCUUUAGCGCUCAAGAACGACGCUUUGCUCUACUCGCUGUAUGCUUUGGCGUCUUUGCACUUGGCAGCGUUGGAUCCAGACAACCCAGAAGUGAUGGAUGCUCAUAGAUCAUACCUGGAUCGUGCAUUGCAAGCACAUUUUCAGGAUAUCAGUAAUCUGAAUCAAGACAAUGCAGACGCUGCUUGUACAACCUCAAGCGUUCUCCGCAUCGCUACAUUCAGUAUGCUGCGGGACCGUCUUGUUAUACCAUACACGGUACCAUUUCAAUGGCUUAAGAUGACACACGAUUCAAAGAACAUAUUCAUUCAAGCGUGGGAAUGGAUCAAAAACGAGGAUUCGUUAUCAAUGCGCAUGAUUUGCAGGCCUCCAGCGAUGACGAUGCUCAACAAGGAACUAUAUGAAGAAAGUAACCGCGAAAGCUUAAAGUAUCUCUUGGAGCCCCAUGCCAACGAAUUCCCUUCAGGGCUAGACGACAUCGAGGUCCGAGUCUCUUAUGAGGCAGCGCUGAGUCUUUUAGGUGGUGUGCAAAUAGCGAUUGACGCUGGACAAGAAACCGCGGCAGACAUCUGUAGACGUGUAAUCGUCUUCCCUAUCUUAGUCCCAGAUCGCUUCAUAAAGCUUGUUGAGGAAAGUCAGCCGCGCGCUCUUGUCAUCUUCGCGCACUUCUUCGCUCUUCUGGUGAAAUUUAGAAAUAUUUGGUGGAUUCAAGACACAGGGCGAAGGGAAAUCGAGGGAAUUCAAAGCGCGCUACCAGAUGGGUGGCAACAUCUUAUGACUGUCCCGUUACGAGCCAUCGAGGAAUACCGGGAUUAG